AUGGCUCCAGAUGUGCAUUAUUUUCUCCAACAGGCGCAUUGUCCACAAGGAGAGCCUGGCAGCUGCUUAGCAGGUCGUGUGGGACGUGGCUGUGGCAGUUGCGAGUUCGGGACAUAUGUGCUGGCGGAUGGCAGCUGCGCUCCCUGCACGGCCAUCGCUGCGAUUUCGCACUUCUCCUUGGAUCUCCGUGAGCCCGUGAAAACUUUGCUGAAAAUUGUGGACGUUUUCUCCUUCGAUGUCGAACAAAUACGAUUUUCUUGCUUUGUGAACACCACAUCAGCAAUAUCUGAAUAUUCGGCGCAACUCUUGGCAUAUCCGUUUUUCUUUGGGCUGACUUUGCUGUGCUACCAACUUUGUCAACUCCUUCGGGUUCCGAUGAAGCUCCGCUUCUCGGGCUUCUUGGGCCUCCAUGGGAUGCUCAUGAUGUCAUUGGUCACAGACAUUGGUGCUGCUUUGCGGAGCGGGGAUUCUAACGUAUCCUGUGCUGACAAUCUCUGGGAUUGCCUUUUGCACCUGGAAAUACCCUCGGUGCUGCUCUUCGACAUUGUGUGGGCAAACAUGGGCUAUGUUCUUGCACUGGAGUACGGCACCAACAACUUGCUGGCACUGAAGGAGGGCAAUUUCGAACCUCGCUUGCACAGCCUUAUCCUAUGGGGCCUGGCUCGACUUUUUGAGCUCUCCAUCCUGCACCGUGCUGCUGAGCCUCUAUGGAAACUCAUGGAAGGCCUUCAGCCAGAAACUGUUUCGACAUAA